AUGCCUCUCAGGUUUGAUCCUAGCGUUUACACUGUGGGCUGGGUCUGCGCUAUCAAAGACGAGGUCACUGCUUCGCGAGCCUUUCUUGAUGAGGAACAUGAACAGCCUCGUAGACGGCAGAAUGAUAAUAAUGUUUAUAUCGUUGGCCGAAUGGGAGAACACAAAGUGGUCAUCGCAUUCCCUGGAGCGGGCUCGUACGGUGCCGAUGCCAUUGCCCAUACUGUGGCUAACAUGGUUCGGACAUUUCGAAAUAUCCGAUUCGGUCUGAUGGUCGGGAUAGGCGGAGCGGCACCUUCAGCACCCGAUCCUAAGGACCCAUUGAAUGACAUUCGGUUAGGAGAUGUUGUUGUUAGUGAGCCGAAGGGAAACUACACUUCUCACGAUAAUGAAGGCGGAGUAUUGCAGUACGACAAAGGCCGCUAUAAGGAUAAUGGUUUCGAAAUCAGAUCGCACAUGAAUAAACCACCGAAGCUUCUACUGGCUGCGAUGAAGCUGCUGCAGUCUUAUCAUGACAUUGGCCGGGGAAAGAUGACAGCCUUCAUUGAUGACAUUAGACACAAGUCCAGCCAAUUACUAUCAUGGGGUUUUCGCUUCCCAGGCCGCGAGCUCGAUCGACUAUACAAGCCAGAUCUCCCGCAUAGUGAGGGAAAAGAUUACAGGGACUAUGGGCAUGAAGGGCUGGAAAAGCGCCUUGAUCGUGAAACAGAUGAACCUGUCGUUCACUAUGGUAUUAUCGGCUCGGCCAAUGCUACGAUGAGAUCUGUCGUGUACCGGAAUUAUCUGAGAGACGCUUGGGGCGUGUGCUGCUUUGAAACAGAGGCCGCGGGGCUUAUGAAUGACCUUCCGUGUGUCGUCAUCAGAGGAAUUGCCAAUUACUCCGACGGCCAUAAGUACGAUAAUUGGCAGCGAUAUGCAGCAGUCACGGCAGCCGCGUAUGCCAAAGAUCUUCUACGAGUCGUGCCAGCUGAGGAGCCUAGCAGCAGCGAAGACUUUUCGUGGGAAUUGAGAGAAGUAGAAAAACGAGUCGCCAAACUUGAUGAUAUGCUCAAUGAUUUUCCCUACGAUAUCGAUAAAACCUUUAUCUUUGAGGAGAUUCACCCAGGCACCGGCCAAUGUUUAUUGAACUCGGACAAAUUCCAGUCCUGGUACCAGGCCAAAGGGCAAAUGAUGCAGGGUCUGCAGACUCUUUAUGGUCGACAUAGUACCAGGGGCACGCAACCGUCAACACGCGAGAUGGUCGAACUUCUCUGUUCUAUGAGUAGUGAUAGGCAGAGGACCGACGGAAUUCCUAUUGGAGCUUUUUCGGAUUCAGGAUGCUACUGGCCUAAAUAUACUCGCAACUUCACUUUUCGCCCUGAACUCGAUAAGAUCUUCAGGGAAAGGGAUGGCUGUUCUUCUAUGGAGAUACGUGCCACGGAUGAAGAUGUUCGAAGCUAUAUCCAAGGGAAUAUCACUUCCCUACCAUCCUUUGUUACGCAGGAUCAAGCAAUGAUGGACAGAAUUCUAGAAGAUAUUCCCCGGGCUGCUAGCGGAAUCGCUCAGCUCGACAUUCAGGAUGACUGGGGAAGAACUGCUUUGAUGUGUGCAGCUCAAUCUUGCUACGACGAGAUGGUCAUUAUCCUGUUGAAAAGCGGUGCUGACUGGAGGAAUAAUCCAGGCGUUGCUGCCUUAUGA